AUGGCAUCUCACUCACUGGCCAAUAAUAUUGAGGAUAAGCUACAUGAGGCAGGAGACAUCUGUGGGGCAGUUGUAUCAAAUGAUGACAGAAGAGGAAAUGAAAAAGAUUCGAACAAAAGUUUAAUAACCUCAAAAUUCCGAGAAGCAAUAAUUGAAAUCAAAGGAAUGACAUGUCAUUCAUGUGUAAAUAAUAUCGAGGAGACCAUUGGAAGAAAUGACGGCAUAAAAUCAAUUUCCGUUUCGCUCAAUAAAUCUGAAGGAAGGAUUGUAUACGAUACCUCCAAAUGGAGCGUUCAAAUGGUUGUUGAGCUGAUCAUCGAUAUGGGCUUCGAUGCGCAACUGCUUCGAACUGAGGAUUACAUCGGAGAAAAGUUAACUGAUGCAUCUCCACCAGUUUUGUUUAAAAAGAAGGGUGACGUAGGUCAAGUUGAUGAAUCCGUCGUGAAGCUUGGAAAAGGAACAACCAAAUUCCAGUCUGUAAAUGAUGAUUCCAUUGAGAAGCGAACGUUUUCAGUGGAAGGAAUGACAUGCGCUUCAUGCGUUGCAUACAUAGAACGAAAUAUUGGAAAAUUGAAAGGUGUACAUUCUGUAGUCGUAGCUUUGAUGUCAUCAAAAGCGGAAGUAGUAUAUGAUUCGCUGGUAAUCGCUGCCGAACAUAUAGCUGAUGAAAUCAACAUGCUAGGAUAUCGAGCUGCGAUUAUCGACGAUGGAUUUAGAAAUUAUUCUGUGUUAAAUUUACUAAUUACCGGAUUAUCGGCAGGAAUCUGCGUGCAGCGAAUUGAAUCACACAUCGCUGCUAGAAAGGGAAUCGAAUCGUGCUCUGUUUCAUUAGCAACAUCUUCUGCAAAGAUUGAAUACACUCCUACAUUUAUAGGUCCACGUGAUAUUAUCAAAGUGAUUGAGGAUUUGGGAUAUUCGGCAACAGUUGCAUGUCAAGAUGAACGAUUAAAAAGGCUCGACCACUCGACCGAAGUAGCAAAAUGGAAGAUUUCACUACUAGUAUCAUUGCUGUUUGGGAUACCGGUGAUGGGCGUGAUGAUUUAUUUUCAUUGGUUUCUCCAUACACCAAUGAAUCCCACGAUGCAGACACCAGUAUUUACUCCUGCACUCAGUUUGGAUAAUCUCAUUUUGUUUGUUUUAUGCACACCUGUACAGUUAUUUGGUGGGAAAUACUUUUAUUUGCAAAGCUGGAAGGCAGUAAAGCAUGGUUCAGCGAAUAUGGAUGUUUUAGUCGUUCUUGCGACUACUACUUCAUAUUUAUAUUCCUUAAGUGUUAUUUUAAUGGCUAUUGUUUUAAGAUGGCCAAGUAGUCCGAUGACAUUUUUCGAUGUUACUCCAAUGCUUAUAACUUUCAUAUCGUUAGGUCGAUGGUUGGAGCACAAGGCAAAGGGUAAAACAUCGGAAGCUUUAAGUAAACUGAUGUCAUUACAAGCAAAAGAAGCAUUGUUAGUAACUCGAGAUAACGAUGGACGUAUUUUGUCCGAGGAAAAUAUUGGUGUCGAAUUGGUUCAAAGAGGAGAUCUGUUGAAAGUUGUUCCGGGUGCCAAAAUUCCAGCUGAUGGAACUGUUGUGGAUGGCAAAAGUGCAGCAGAUGAAUCAUUUAUAACUGGAGAGUCGAUGCCUGUUGUCAAGAGAAAGGGGAGCACAGUAAUAGGUGGUUCAGUUAACCAACAUGGAACGCUGUUGAUACAGGCGACUCAUGUUGGUCAGGAAACAACGUUGGCGCAGAUUGUGCGUUUGGUUGAGGAAGCGCAAACUUCUAAAGCGCCAAUACAGCAAACAGCUGAUCGAAUAGCCGGCUUCUUUGUACCAGUAGUUAUUGGUUUAGCAACAUUAACACUUGUUGCCUGGAUUUUUGUUGGUUUCUGUAUUCUGGAUAUGGAGCAUAUGAAUAAAAGGACAAAGAUAGAGAUCAUACUGAAGCGCGCUUUUGAAGCGGCCAUCACAGUGUUAGCAAUAGCAUGUCCUUGUUCACUGGGCUUGGCGACACCGACGGCAGUAAUGGUUGGUACCGGUAUCGGUGCUGUUAACGGUAUACUUAUUAAAGGUGGAGAACCAUUGGAAAUGGCUCAUAAGAUUACGACAGUUGUUAUGGACAAAACUGGCACCUUAACUGAAGGUCAUCCACGAGUAGUGGUAAUUCAUACGCUAAUUUCGGAAAAUCGUUUGUCGCUACUGAAAUUAUUCGCUGCUAUUGGUUCGGCUGAAUCAAACAGCGAGCAUCCUAUUGCAAAUUCAAUUACUUCUUUUGUAAAAGAAUGGUUAAAUACGAAAGAAUGGGCCACUGUUCGACGAUUUCAUGCAUCGGCUGGAAAUGGGAUUGUUUGUGAAGUGCGGAAAAUCGGUGAUAUGUUACUUAGUGCAACGCGAAAAAAAGAAUCUCAGAUCGACUCGAUAAUUAAAUUAAAUAGUGGUAAUGUCACAUUAAUCAGGAACGAACACAAUGGCACAUUAAUCAGGAACGGUACUCACGAGGUUUUAUUUAAUGAUAAUGAGCCACUUCGAGUUGUAAUCGGUAACGAACGAUGGAUGAUUAAAAAUGCAGUUCCGAUUGAUGAGUAUGUUGGAAAUCUCAUUAAGGAAGAGCAGGCAGCUGGGCACAUAUCCGUUAUGUGUGCAAUAAAUGGUUAUCUUGUUGCGACGAUUAGUAUAGCAGAUAUAGUGAAGAAUGAGUGUGCUCUUGCUGUUUGGGCUCUGCAGCGUAUGAAUAUCAGAGUAAUCCUCUUAACGGGUGAUAAUGCUCGUACUGCAGAAGCAACCGCUAGACAAGUUGGUAUCCGUGAGGUGUUUGCCGAAGUUUUACCGAAUCAGAAGCGAAUUAAAAUUGAACAGUUACAGGAAGUAAAAGAGCGGGUAGCGAUGGUUGGUGAUGGAAUAAAUGACAGUCCAGCUUUGGCUAGUGCUGAUGUUGGCAUUGCAAUUGCAGCUGGUUCAGAUGUUGCAAUCGAAAGUGCAAAUAUCGUUCUAGUAAAAAAUGAUCUUAUUGAUGUGGUAGCAGCGAUUGAUUUAUCGAAAAGGACGACACGUCGUAUACAACUUAAUUUUUUGUUUGCUGUGUUAUACAAUGUUAUUGGAAUCCCUAUCGCAGCCGGUGUUUUCAUGCCUUGGGGUUUUAUUAUUCAACCGUGGAUGGCAGCAGCAGCAAUGGCUUUAUCGUCAGUCAGCGUUGUCGCUUCAUCCUUGAUGCUAAGACUAUAUAGGAAGCCAACUCAGCAAAGUUUGGCUUGUAUAGAGUUUUAUAACCAUCAAGCACGAUUAGCCAUGGGCGAUUGGCCAGUUGUUGUGCAUCGCGGUUUAGAUGAUUUUGCGGUGAGACGAUCGUUAUCGAAAUUAUCAUUCAGUUCAAUUAUUUCAACAGUAAGCUCGAUAUUCGACUCACACCAAAGUUUAAAUCGUAUCACACCACUCGAUAGAAAACUUCUGCUUCAACGUAAAUCAAACGCUGGUUCACUGGACUCACCGAACACUGCACUUAUUUAA